CGAUUUUGGUAAAACAUAAACCUGCAUCAAAAUGGAGACCGAGAAAAGUAAAAUGAUCAUUGAAUACAUUUUGUUUUGUCUCAACGUCAUUACUUGGCUUAUUUGUGUCAUCUUGAUUGGAAUAUGCUUUUGGGUACGAUUUGAUCCAGAAAUCACAGACUGGAUUGAGAAACUGGAAGUGAAACAAUUUUAUACUGGAUUAUAUAUCCUCAUUGUGUGCGCGUUGGCCCACAUCGCUUCUGGUGUCAUAAGCUGUAUGGGAACUUUCUCAGAGAACAAGAGAUUACUUGCUGUGAAUAUAGUUGCUCAGAUUCUGCUUUUCAUUCUCUGCCUGGCUGGUGCCGCUGUCUUAAUGGAAAAUAGUUCUUUCAAAUCUUCAAUCCAUCACGCAAUAAAAAAUAUUAUGGUUGGAUUAAUCCAGUUGUAUCCAUCCUACGAGCCAGCCAAUAAAAUAUUAGCCACUAUACAGGAGAGUGUCGGUUGCUGCGGUGGCGAAGGGUAUAACGAUUACAUCAGACUCCACAGGGCUCUCCCUUCGGAAUGCCGUGACUCAGUGACUGGGCACACACACUAUUACAGCUGCGCCGAUUCCAUCUCUUGGAUCCUGGAGGGACGGUCCAGCUGGAUCACUGGUUUGGCCAUCCUCCUCUGCGCCAAGAAGAUGCUCAACGCUGUCCUCUCGACUGUUCUCAUCCACCUCAUCAAUCUGAGCCAGGACCAAUAAAGAUUUGCUGGGAUGCGUUUCAGAAAAUCCACGUAAAAAAUAGGUCUCAUUUCCUCACUCUUAACAUGCCCCACUGCAUGUUGUUAUUGUUUUUGUAAAAUGUAUACCUGAGUUAAUAAAUUAUAUACGAGAGAGAAUUAAUUGGCAUAAUUCAUAAAAUAAUUUUGGUUUACCGAAAAUACUCAAUUAAAUGAUUUCAUUCUCUUGUUUCACAAAUCAAAGAUCAUUUCUUAAAAAUCGAUAUGAAUAAAUUCAGUUAUCAUUACCUUGUAAAAGAUGUUUCUUCCCAAAAUAAUAAAGAAAAAGGAUAAUUAUUCAGAUAACAGUUACUUAAAAUUUAAUAAAUGCUUUGGGAAGACUUCUAUCACGUAAGAAAUAAAAGACAAUUUGUAUUGUUGCUUAUUAAUAUUAAGAAUUUUGUAUUGUUACCAAUUAAUAUUAUGGAUAUAAGAA